GCUGCACGAGCUCCUGGCUGGUAGCGUGGAGUUGAAACCAGAGACUUAGAGGAGGUCGCAGUAGUAGUUUGUGGGGGAAAAAAGUUACAGAAACUCGUAGGUGAAUCCAUUCCGCUUGUGCCGUUUAUAUGGUGACACACUACGGACUCAGAGGUAACUACUCGUUGGUAUGAAACAGUCGAACAGAGCGGUUAAUAACUACAUUUAGCUCGGGCUCGCUGACUUCUGCAUGGUCGCUAGCUAGCUAACAGUUAGCUUCAGGAGCUACUUGGCUAGCUGGCUAGCGAGGUCCAGCCCAAAAGUUGUUUACCUCAAGUUGUGGAUGUGGUCACCCCCUGAGCUUUUCACGACUUUUCUCUGGGAUAAGAGAGCAAGGACCAACAAUUCACACUGGAUUUAACACUGUGCGCUGUUAGGAAACUAGCAGGAUGUCCACAGAGGUCGAGUGUAGUCAGGUCGACUCCGGUUUGACAGCGGCCAGCUCCGGCGGAGCGGAGGAGAAGAACCAAAACAAGUCCGAGGGGCAGAAAGAACAACAAGAACAGGGGCAGAGAGGCUCGGAGAAGCCGCUACAAGACGGUAACAGCUCCGAGGCGGCGAAGAGCCCCGCGGACACGCACAAGAAGUGCAAAGAAAACGAUAAAGAAAACGACCAAAGCGGCAACGCUGACUCGGCUGUUGAAGCGGUGAAGAGGAAAGUUGUUGAGGCUCCUCCGCCGAAAGUCAACCCGUGGACUAAGAGGACCACGGGCAGGGUGCCGAUCAACAACAUCAGCUCCCAGGAAAAAGAUCAACAAAACGCUCUGAAAGUCGUACGUGCCAGCAAGCCCAGAACGAGAAAGUCCAGCAAGUCAAGUGACUUCAGUGAUAUCACAAACUGGCCCACACCUGGUGAACUGGCCAAAGAGCAACAACAAAAUGUCCUCAACAACAACGGGAAGAAGCCUUCGUCCUCACGCAGAGACAAGGAGAAGAGGAGGGAGCGACCGGACAGGAAGUCGGAGAGCAGCCAUGACGGCGGCGAGAGCAAAGAGAACCAGGAGGCUCAGCCAGACCCGCUGGGAGAGCUGCCCAAAGACGGAGAGUCGAAGGCGGCACAGGACGCCAAGAGCGCCAGCCUGAAGAAGAGGGGAGGUGAGGGUAACAAACGUAAGUGGGUUUCUCUGCCGCUGGAGGAAGCGUCCCGGGACGACAGCGACAAGACGCCCGGCGGGGGCCCGGACACAGAGCCCACCAGCGACUCGCCUGACCCCACGUCGCCCAAUCACACGCUCCAUAAUAACAGAGCGCAUGAUAGCAGCAGGAGUUGGAGAAGAGAACCUCGGGACUUUGGGGACGACGCCUCCAGCGUCAGAAGUGAUGGCGGGAGCAUUCGCGGAGGAAUACGAGGCCGAGGGAAAGGUCGCGGGCGCGGGAGAGGUCGUGGACGAGGCCGUUACGAAUACUCUCAGAGCUUCCGGGACUCUCAGUCGUCUGACGGCUCCGUUCAGGUCCCCACAGAGUUUGGUACCAACAUGGUUUACUAUUACGACGACGGCAACAAGGUCCAGAUGUACACAGUGGAUGAGAAGCUUCUUAAAGAAUACAUCAAACGUCAAAUUGAGUACUACUUCAGCCUCCACAACCUGGAGCGAGACUUCUUCCUGAGGAGAAAGAUGGACGCGCAGGGCUUCCUCCCCAUCUCCCUCAUCGCCAGCUUCCACAGAGUCCAGGCCCUCACCACCGACAUCAGCCUCAUCAUGGAGGCUCUGAAGAGCAGCACAGAGGUGGAGCUGGUGGACGACAGGGUUCGCUGUAAAACCGACCCGGAGCGUUGGCCCAUCCCCACCCCACCCGUCGUGGGUUCCCCUCGGACCGACUUCUCCCAGCUCAUCAACUGUCCCGAGUUUGUUCCCCGACAGACCCUCAGCUCCACGAACUCCGCUUCAUCGCCUGUGAAGGAGACUCCACCCGAGUCCGCCGGGCCUCAGGACUCAGCUGAGCCCAGCUCCUCCUCCUCCUCCUCCGGCCUGGAGUCAAUACCCACCGCCAACGCCUUAAAAGACGACGAUGUACCCGCCCCCAAACCAGACCCCGACGCCUGGAUCCAUGUGGAGAAACGCCACAGACAGGCCACUGGAAAAGCAAAGCACGUCAGUGAUGACGUGUGUGUUGUCGGCUCCUCUCCUCCUCCUCCCUCAGCGCUCCCAUCUGACUACCUCCCCUCUGCAGGGGACAGCAAGGCCCCUCCUCCCAGCCACCAGGCUCCCCCACAGGCCGAGCCCGAUCAGGAGGAGCUGGACUUCCUAUUCGACGAGGAAAUGGAGCAGUUGGCACCGAGGAAAAACAAGUUCACCGACUGGUCAGACGAGGACGACUCGGACUACGAGCUGGACGACCAGGACGUCAACAAGAUCCUCAUCGUCACCCAGACCCCUCCUUACCUCCGUAAGCACCCCGGCGGCGACCGGACGGGCAACCACGAGUCCCGAGCCAAGAUCACCGCGGACCUGGCCAAAGCCAUCAACGACGGGCUGUACUACUACGAACAGGACCUGUGGAAGGGGGAGGAACAGAUCGAGUGCACCAAGCAGGAAGUGGAGAACUUCAAGAAGCUGAAUGUCAUCAGUAAAGAUGAGUUUGACACGCUCACCCCCAAAGUGCCCGUUGACCCGAACCAGGAAGUCCCACCUCCUCCGAUGCCGGGUGCGUUGAUGGAGCUGCCGUGCAUGGACAGCGGAGCAGAACUGGCCCGCUCUCUGCCAACAACAGUCCCCGAGUCGCCCAGCGCCCACCAGCCCCGAACCCCCAGAACGCCUCGCACCCCUGGACGCCAGGACCCCAACAAGACGCCACGCUUCUACCCCGUCAUGAAGGAGAGCGGCACGGUCGAUGGACAGAUGCCGAGGAAGAAGAAGACCCGCCACAGCUCCAACCCUCCCCAGGAGGCGCACAUCGGCUGGGUGAUGGACUCCCGCGAGCACCGGCCGCGCUCCGCGUCCAUCAGCAGCUCCAACGCCUCUCCAUCAGAAGGAGCUCCGCUGUCAGGAAGUUACGGCUGCACCCCCCAGUCUCUGCCCAAAUUCUGGCAUCCAUCCCACGAGCUGCUGAGGGACAAUGGCUUCACCCAGCAGGGAUACCACAAGUACCGCCGACGGUGCCUUAACGAGAGGAAACGGUUGGGGAUCGGCCAGUCUCAGGAGAUGAACACCCUCUUCAGGUUCUGGUCCUUCUUCCUGAGGGACAACUUCAACAGGAAGAUGUACGAGGAGUUCAAACAGUACGCGGUGGAAGACGCCAAAGAAAACUACAGGUAUGGACUGGAGUGUCUGUUCAGAUACUACAGCUAUGGCUUGGAGAAGAGAUUCAGGUUAGAUCUGUUCAAGGACUUUCAAGAAGAGACCCUCAAGGACUUUGAGAAAGGUCAGCUGUAUGGACUGGAGAAGUUCUGGGCCUUCUUGAAAUACUCAAAGAUGAAGAACCAGCCCAUCGACCCGAAGCUGCAGGAGCACCUCUCCCAGUUCAAGAACCUGGAGGACUUCAGGGUGGUGCCCCCGAUGGGAGAGGAGGGAGGCAGGAGGAGACGUCACUCGUCCUCGGCCGGGGACGAAGGGAGGCGUCGGCGACAUCCUUCCAACACUACCUCAAAGCCAACGCAGGCCUCCAAAUCCUCCAGCAGCGCCACCGCCGCCGCCGCUCAACCUGCCGCCGCCGCUGCACAGAACACACCCAAAGACAACGCCCAGAAAUCAGCAGCCAAUCAGGCGAAGAAGACGGAGGCUGGAGGCGGGAAGAAGGAAAGCGUCGCACCAAAUAAGUGAAGCUCCCUCCCCGAGGUGUGUGGGUUUGGAUAGAAGAGACGCAGAGCGAGGCGGCAGCAGCAGCGGCGGCGGCAGCUCUGAGCUUGGCGUUCGCUCUUUUCAGCAGCAAACUGUUUGGGUAUGAAGAGAGACUGAGCGUGGUUGACUUAAUUUGAUCGUUUUUAUCAGUGCAUUUCAUUUAAAAGCAAGCAAGCAAGCAUAGGCAGUGAGCUUAAAUCUGUGCGCCUGACAGCUCAUAAUGUUUACACACACACACACACACACACACACACACACACACACAACAAAAAUGCAUUCCCUGCAUUUUGCCUUUUAUUCUCUCGAAUGCCAAACAAAGUUUGUUGAUCUCCACAAUCUGUAAACGGCUCUGGUCUGUGAGGAGCUGCUGAACUGUGAUUCUAUUUUGCCAAGAUGAGUCUUGUGUGCCUUAAUCUGAUUUCACCAGGACGACUGGAGGGCGAUCGGCGGCAAAAUAAUCCAAAUUCUGCUUUUUUAAAGUCUUCCCAUCCGAUUAUUUGAGGUUUGUUUAAAAACUGACACCACUUAGUUUUUUUUUUUCUCGUCUUGAGACGUAAAUAUCUUCCGUUUUCAUCGUGACAAUCGUAGUGUUGACAGCUGCAGUCGUAAAAACUUGUGAAGGACUUGACCUCCUCCUCCUCCUCCUCCUCCUCCGCCUCCCUCGCCACACAGAGGCUGCUGCUCCAUGACAGAUGUGCCCUGAUGUGUUUCUUAGUCUGACUGACAGCUGAACUAUCGCGUUGGUUUUUAAUUAAAACCAGGAAAAAAAUUAUGACAAAUUUCUCUGGGAAGCUUUAAGCUUUAAAAAAAGUCCCGUUUUACACACCGUAGUAUAAUUUAUUGUUUUAUUUUUGUUUUUAUUUUUCCAUUUACUUGAUUGAUGGAAUAGUCUUAGGUAAUCGAUGCAGUUUUAAAUGGCUUUUGCUGUUGAAUAUGAUAAAAAAAUGUUUCUGCUGGAAUUAUGGGUGUGAGCUAGCAUCAUAAAACUACAGUAUAUUUUAGCUUGGAAGUUUACUUCAUAUUAUGUUUGAGGCUUGGUGCUCUAGAGCACUUUAAUCGUUAACUUUCCUUUACUUUCAUCAGUGGACUUAAGAAGUUUUAGAGUUGAA